GCCACGCCACGCCGGAAUAUCCCGUCCCGCCCGCACCUCCGCGGCCCACCCCCAAUCCAGUGAGCACCCGCCUCCCCUGCGGCGGCGCUAUGCGUCUCCUCCCCCUCGUCCUCGCCCUCGCCCUCGCGCUCGCCGCGGCGUCCUCCGCCGCCGCGAGCGCGAGCGGCCCCCGGUCCGUCCUCCGCACGGUCACGGACGUCCCGGCGGCGGUCUCCUCCGGCGAAGACGCCGACGCGCUCUUCUGCGACAGCUGGAGGCUGUCCGUCGAGACGUCCAACGCGGGGCCCUGGCGCGCCAUCCCCGCGCGCUGCGCGGCGUUCGUGCGGGGCUACAUGGAGGGCCCCCGCUACGCGUCCGACUCCGCCGUCGCCGCCGCCGACUCCCUCGCGUUCGCCUCCGGCGCCCUGGCCGCCGCCGGGGCGGGCGCCGCGAGGCCCGCGUGGGUGUUCGACGUCGACGAGACGCUGCUCUCCAACGCGCCCUACUACGCCGUCAAUGGCUGGGGAUCACAGGAAUUCAAUGAGACCUCCUUUGAUGAAUGGGUAGAUGCAGCAAAGGCGCCUGCAUUACCAUCUAGCCUGAAACUGUACAAUGAGCUUCGGGGACUUGGUUUCCACGUUAUCCUCUUGACUGGCCGGACUGAAUUCCAGCGUAAUUCGACAGAAGCAAAUCUUUUGUUUGCUGGAUACCAAUCAUGGGAAAAACUAAUACUAAGGCAACCUUCUGAUAUUGGCAAGACUGCUGUGAAGUACAAAUCAGAGAGACGAGCGGCAACGGAGGCUGAAGGAUUCAAGAUACUUGGAAAUUCAGGGGAUCAGUGGAGUGAUUUGAUAGGAUCUCCAAUGGCCACGAGAUCCUUUAAGCUUCCAAAUCCAAUGUACUUUAUCAGUUGAUUUUGUUGGUGGAACGGUGGAGGAAAUAGCUGUUCCUUUGGCAGGGCAUUCCUACCAUCAUAUUUGGUUGCACUGCUUUCAUUGUAAAGAUUUCAUUAGUCAUCAACUCAUCAUUCUAGACAUAAAUCUGGGUUUAUCCUCAAGCAUGUCAAAAACCGCUGGGGCGUGAGGGCAUUGAAUCUGCCCGAUGAUGGUUUGUAACUACUCAUCUUUUUCCAUACUGUGGAAUUGUGGAAAGGAUUUGUGGUUAUGUAAGUUGUGUGGCCGUUCAAAUUGCCUUCAUUUGUGAAGCAUCUAUUUUCAAAGUUGAAGAAGAUGAACUUUCAAUUAAGUUUAUAAAUUUGAGUA